AUGACGAUAGGUCAACUGAAUAGCCCAGAGCGAGACAGUAAGUUGGGGGGAGGGUUAUUCCACUUUCCACUCUUGCCCUGAGGUCCCUGCUCAAACUGAAGAGGUAGACUGUAAUCAGGCCCGUUACAGACAUGGUUUGUAGCCAAAUUGCGCUCUUUGGCUGGGUCACAUUGCCAAAAUUUCAUGACGUUUUCGCAGCUGAUGCGCUCGAAACAUGAGACCCGCCUGUUUACCCAGCGGCUCUUCUACAAGGAGAGGAACUGUUGUCAUGUUGUUCACAACAAAAACUAGUUCAUUAUACCUCCCAAAAACAGAAGAGUCGGCUGUCUGCCUCCUCCACUAUCAUUUUGAGCCCUUUGUUUUCUCAAUCCCCGUGCUUAUUAAACCCGCCGUCUGUUCGGUCGGCGGGCUUCAGAAUUUUCGAAGAUUAAUUUUCCGAAUACAUAUUUUCUGUUUUUAGUUCACGACUCGCAUCUUUUCAAAAAAAUGUACAAGCUCGGCCCCGAGAUUGGCCGAGGUGGCUUCGGCGUCGUCUACGCCGGCUACCGCAUCGAAGACAACUUCAGCGUGGCGAUCAAGUACGUCGCCAAGCGCAACAUCACCGAAUGGACCACCUACGAGGGCCGCCGGAUCCCGUUGGAGAUCGCGCUGCUCGAGACGUGCAAGGAUUGCCCCGGCGUGGUCCGAACAAUCGACUGGUUCGAGCGACAGGACGGCUUCUUCGUGGUGAUGGAGCGCCCCACACCGUUCUGCGACCUCUUCGACUUCAUCUCGGACAGAGGCGCGUUGGACGAGCAGAUCGCCAGAGCCCUCUUCAAGCAGGUCGUCGAGACGUCGAUCGCGUGCGCCAACGCCAACGUUGUGCAUCGAGACAUCAAGGACGAGAACAUCAUCCUCGACAUCAACAACGGAACAAUCAAACUGAUCGACUUUGGAUCCGGCGCCUUCUUGAAGGGCGAGGAAUUCACUGAUUUCGAAGGUAGGUCGCUUUUUCCGACUUGAAUUUAAACUUGCUGCCAAUAGUGUCCCAAAAUAUAAAAGUAAUCUUGAGAUAGUAGCUGUUUCGUGACUUGCAUUUUUCGGUAAAGGGUUUUUUCUCGCUCUCUCAUUGUCCGGCAUUUCCACGAAAAUCCAGUUAAUGAAUUUGACAGCCGUCCGCCGACCGAAUUUGUAAUAUUUUUUUACGAAGCCUGAUGCAUCCGUAGUGGCCGGAACGUGAAGUGCGGGUGGUCCGGCCGUGCCGUGUGUCCGCAAUUAGGGCCUGACAUUCGACGGCGGGGAUUUUACGCCACCACUCGAUGCGGGGGUUCCAGGACCGUAAUCGGCAGAAAUUCCGCUGAUUCAUGGGCGAAAAAUGCCGCACGAAACCGAUGGGGUUGGAUUGAGAGUCCGUUUCUCAGUUCGCUAAUGCCUUUUGCCGAUGAUUUACGAUAAGCAAAAUAAACGCGGGCGGCUGUCAUUUUGCAAUUGAUAACGAAAGCGAAUGGGAUGACAGGUCCCCGCUCUUAGUGGAACCCAGACGCCCGGCUUCCAUCCGCUCCGAAAACAACUAUUAGUCAAGCAUGUGGGCCUCGUAAAUCCUCGGGGCCCGUUAUGCAACGUUUUGCCAAGUCACCUGUUCUCAUCCUCCCGGACCUCGGAGGAUGUUUCCGGUUAUAUCGCAUAAGGAUGGGGCGACAAAAACACCUGGUUUUUUUUGCACUGACCGCAAAACGGGAGCAGCGAAAAAAGUUCGAUGGAACGCGGAACGGUCGGGCGAGUAGAAAAAGCGUUUUGCACUUCCUCCGUGCGAAACUUGUGUUCGUAGAAUAGCGCAUUUCUUUUUGAUCCCGAUGAUCCGCAGCUCUCGAAACAGCUUCCGAAACAAUUAAGAGCACUUCCAAAUUGAUUACACUUCUCCAAAAAGUUUAGCUAUUACGGCCUGAGAAUGGGAGCUAUUUUUAUGCCCUUCCAAAGUCGGUUCGAUCGGAUUUUGGCGACACUGUCUCCGGAGGGAUUAAUUCCGGCCCCAAUGAGGAACUCAUUACUCCGUCCCCGCCGCUCUCACUGAUCGUUCCCGGAAACAGAUUUUCACGGGAAUCGAUGAUAGAUGGGGGCUCGGUUUUAUGUGGAUUAGCUCCAACCGUUAUCGUUGUGUGUGGGCUCGGCGGGUUUUUAUGGGAUUCCGCCAGACCCAUUUUCGCGGCUCGUCGAAAAAAAUCUGAAUGUGUUCUGCACACCGAGAUCCCCGGCCGCCGGCUCCCUUUUCUUGACUCCCGCACCAACGGGGCGAGGUCAAUUGGCGGAACGCCAACCACUUUCUCACAAGGAACUCUUCCAUUGGGUGGUGUUCGGUGCGAGAAAAGUCGUAGUGGAGUGAUGGAAUGAGUCUGUGUGUGUGUGUGGAAUGCGCGCGAUGCCGGGUACGAGUUGGCGCCGCGACCUCGAUCGCGGCGACGGAUAAGCCGCCGCUCUCUCGGCGGUGGGUCGUUGCGCUCAUCGGAACAAAAAAAUAAGAAGCGCUCGCUCAUUAGGCGACAUUAACGACGCAGUGGGGUCCGCGAGCGAGCGCUCAGCUGGCGAGCGAAUGGCGAACAGAUGACGAGCGAAAAUUAGAGAGCAAUUUUAGCGACCCCAACGCUCGCGUUUGGUCCCUAAAAGCGAGUGCCUCGCAAAAGGGAGCGAUUACAUUCGGCCAGCGAUUAGAGGCCCGGCAUAGCAACAGAAGGCAGACAGGAAGCGAACCCCCUACCGGGGGCGCAGACUUUCACUCGCUUCGAGCGUUGGCACCAUGCCACUUCGGUGUGUCCUUGCCCCCACUCCCUCAAUUUUGGCGCCAUUCCGGGGACAGCUGGCGAGUCGCGGCGGUGCGCUGACUGCCUCGACCUCAGAGCGAAUCGUCUCGGUUUGCGCCCUCCGCGAACGGCACUCCUUCGACCCGGCUGCUGGUGCCGGGGCGUGUCGGUCUCGAAGUUCUUGCGGGCGAGAACGGACACAAAAAAAACAAGAGAAAAAAUUGCCGUUCCGUCAGCGAAAUUCACUCCGACUUUUUCGAGCGAGCAGUAAAAACACGGCCUCCAGAAUUGGAACAACAACGGCGAGAAGUAAAACCCCCCAAGUCUGAGCUCCAAGUUCGGUUCCGACAUUCGUCGGCGGGGAGCUUUGUUUUUCCAACGAUUAGCGACCAAAUUAGCUCCCGUAAAGCCUCCCCUAAAGGCCGGUGGGUUCUGUCUGCGUUUUUGUGAGCGAUAAAUUGAGUUUUGUGCGGGCAAAACAAACUACGGUAUUGUUGGAAUGUGCGAAAAACAACGUCGUCUCAGGGCAUGGAGCCGAGUGCCGGACGCGGCGUAAAUAGCCAACAGGCGAGUGUCUAAAAAUACGCAAAAAUGCAAAAAGCAUGGGAACAGAAAGCAUAAACAGGCCCAGACCGGCCGAAAACAAGUCCUAAAGAUGCAAAAAAACUGUCAAUCAAGCUUUGGAAUCAUGAAUCAUUUUGCAGGUACUCGCGUCUACGGCCCUCCCGAAUGGAUCAGCAAGCAGAGUUACGACGGCCUCGCGGCCUGUGUAUGGUCGUUAGGGAUCUUGUUGUAUGAUAUGGUUGCUGGCGACAUCCCCUUCCAUCACGAUCACGAAAUUCUCGCUGGAAUUUUAAAAUGGAAGCGACGAAUCAGCCUUGACUGCCAAGACCUCAUUCAGCAGUGUCUUAUGGUCGACCCUCAACAGCGGUGUUCGCUGGAAGAGAUGCUUGACCAUCCCUGGCUUCAAGGUGACGUGAAGAAACUUGGACGCGCCGAACUGUCCAUGGCUAAGCGACCGAUUCAAGGAGUCGAGGCUGUGAAUCCCGACGAACAAGACAUCGAGAUCAUGAAGUUGGCCAGCCUGAGCACCGGGCCAUUCGACGAAGAUGAUGAGGAGUUUACGAUUGAGUCGAGAACCAACGACUCGCAUACCACCAUCGUCCGCGAGCCAUUUUUGCCGAUUUUCGGUGGAAAUGAUCAAGAAGUACCGGCGGCCGCUGAAGCCUGGCGAGCACUCGCCACUACUGGCCGAUUAGCCAACAACAACUCGAACCUACCGGACUGGCUGAACACUUGUCAGAACCGCACCGACGACCGCAACAACAACGCCGGCUUCGCGAGUCCGACGCCUAAGCCAAUCAACCGCUACUUCCCUUAUCAGGACUACUCGUCCCGCGGCAACAGUGAUAACAACUUGCCCUCGGCGGUCUUGUAUGAAGGAGCGCCGACGAUUGCUUUGGAGCAUCCCGGAACCUCGUCGUAUGGGGAUUGGGACGAUGACAACGACCACCAUGUUUAUCAUCACAAGAGCAUGAGCUUUUAUGGUAAGGAGAGUCUUAUUCUGGAGUUUUUUGGUGGCUGAUGGCUUGCUGAUCGGAUAGAAAUUCGAAUUUUUGCCCGUGAUCUCAUAACCAAUAUUUAUAGAAGCCCGACCGACCGUCAGUGCCACCCAGACGAAUGGCUGCGCCGAGCCGGUGGCGCGCAAGAUCUCGAACAACCCGUUGGGGUCCUUUCAGGUCCCCAGCGGAGCCAAACUCGGGAUCAGCAUGCUGGGUAUGGGGCGUCGUCCACAACAUCACCGCUCCACCGGGCCGCGGACCGAGCUUCUCAAACAAGAAGCUCCGGCCUACUCCAUGGUUCAUAUGAGCUACCCGCCCGACAACACCACGCUUCAUUCGGCGUCCGUCAGCAAGCCGCAGUCCAUCAACCGCGACGGCGAGCGCAAGGGAGCCGCCGACUCCGGCUUCUCGUCGGGGAGUUCGGGCUACGUUGUAGGCAUUUCGUCGUCGCCGCCCGGCGGCGCCUUCAUGCUAGGCAGCUACUGA